AUCGUCUAACGCCGUUGCUAAAACCCGGGCUCUUUAGGCAAGCCCUAGAAAUUUCCCGCCUGCCGCUAUCUAAUCCCCCCUUCUGUCCAAGAUGUCGGAGAAGAAGCGCCGCCGCGCCGAUCCGGGCCCCUCCGGCCCCGCGGCGGCCACCAAAAAAGCCCGGGCGAGGGGGAGCUCCCACGCCCACGACCUCCGGAAGCAGCUGACGCCUGAUUCGAAUAUCCUCGCCUCCCUCCGCCGCAUGUACGACGAGGCCCAAUCCUCCGCCGCCUCCUCCAAAACCCUCACCCUCUCCGACCUCAACCUCUCCUCCGCCUGCCGCGAGGUCUCCGACCGCGACGCCUCCUCUGUCAAGCACACCAUCGAGCGAGCCAUCCUCGACGUCGCCCGCUCCAUUCUUGCCGGACGCGGCUUCUCCUUCGACGUGCCCUCCCGCUCCGCCUCCAACCAGCUCUACGUCCCCGAACUCGACCGCAUCGUCCUUCGCGACAAGUCCUCAUCCCGCCCCUUCGCCAACCUCUCCACCGUCCGCAAGGCCACCAUCACGGCCCGCGUCCUCUCCCUUGUGUACGCCGUCCUACUCCGCGACAUCCAUGUCACCAAGCGUGACCUCUUCUACACGGACGUCAAGCUCUUCCAGGACCAGUCCCAAUCGGACGCCGUGCUUGACGACGUAUCUUGCAUGCUCGGCUGCACCCGAUCCUCCCUCCAUGUCGUGGCAUCGGAGAAGGGUGUCGUCGUCGGCCGCCUCGUCUUUACCGAUGAUGGUGACCGCAUUGACUGCACCAAGAUGGGUAUCGGUGGCAAGGCCAUACCGCCCAAUAUCGACCGCGUUGGCAGCCUCGAGAGUGAUGCCCUCUUCAUCCUCCUGGUCGAGAAAGACGCCGCCUUUAUGCGGCUGGCAGAGGACCGGUUCUACAAUCGCUUCCCCUGCAUAAUUGUCACUGCUAAAGGCCAGCCCGACGUCGCCACCAGGCUUUUCUUAAAGAGGAUGAAGACUGAGCUGAAGCUGCCGGUGCUGGCCCUUGUUGAUAGCGAUCCCUACGGGCUCAAGAUCCUGUCGGUGUACAUGUGCGGGUCCAAGAACAUGUCGUAUGACAGCUCGAACUUGACGACGCCGGACAUCAAGUGGCUGGGUGUGCGGCCGAGCGACCUGGAUAAAUACCAGAUUCCGGAACAGUGCCGACUGGCGAUGACGGACCAGGACGUGAAGGCUGGGAAGGACCUGCUCGAGGAGGAAUUUGUGAAGAGGAAUGAGGGCUGGGUGAAGGAGCUGGAGUCAAUGGUGAGGACGAGGCAGAAGGCUGAGAUACAGGCCCUCAGCUCGUUUGGAUUCCAGUACCUCACCGAGGUCUACCUCCCCCUAAAGCUGCAGCAGAAGGAUUGGCUGUAAAUUACUUGUCAGAAGGAACAAUGGAGUAUUGGCUAAAUUGCAGACUUAACCUAUGAUUUUGAAGGAUGAGUAUAUCCAUGUACUGGACAAAUAUCUAGGGUUCAUGUGUAUUUUGGAUGCAAGCAAGCUGGUAUAUUGUAGUAUAGAGAGGUAUCAUACUAUAGCAAGAACUGUUCUAGAUGAUGAAAGGCAUGUGCUUAAUUUCUCCUUUUAUUUAUCUUUUUUGUCUGUUAUAUGAGGUGUGUAUGUACUCAUGCAUCACUGUAAAAUGAUAUUGAAGCAUUAUUCAACUUAAAAUA